GUCCCGCCCCGCCCGCGCCCGCCACUCGCUGGGCUGCCGGCGGCCCGGGAACGCCAGCUGACGGCGGAGGGGAGGGGCAGGCGGCGCCGGGGAGGGAGGUACCGGGCCGCGGGCCAGACCGACCCGGGGUCACGAUUUGGGCUUUCAGAAAAAAUGCUUUCAAAACAGAAAGCAGCCCUGGGGACAGGAUGGGAGUCAAUGAAUAUACAACUGGAUGGGACAGAGCCCCAGGUACAAAGGGGAAGCCAGGAGGAAGGGCCACGGAGAACAGCACCGGGGCCACUGGAGCACCUCUGCUGUGGCCUUGAAGAGGAGCCACAGUCCCUUCAGGAGAAGGCUCAGUCUACUCCCUGGGUUCCUGCAAUUCCCCAGGAGGGGAGCACCGGAGACUGGGAGAUGGCAGCUGCACUUCUUGCAGCCGGAUCACAGGGCCUGGUAACCAUCAAGGAUGUAUCAUUGUGCUUCUCCCAGGAGGAGUGGCGGAGCCUAGACCCCUCUCAGACAGACUUUUAUGGAGAAUAUGUCAUGCAGGAAAACUGUGGAAUAGUGGUCUCUCUGAGAUUUCCAAUCCCUAAGCUGGACAUGCUUUCUCAGCUAGGAGGAGGAGAAGAACAAUGGGUUCCGGGCCCCCAGGACUUGGAGGAGAGGGACAUCCUGAGGGUCACAUACAUAGGAGAUGGAAGUGAACAAGAGGGGGACACCCCUGAACUAGAAGCAGAACCUCCAAGAAUGUUAUCCAGUGUGUCUGAAGAUAUUGUUCCCUGGAACCCAGAGCAGAAUGAAAACUGGGAUUCCACACCCAGGAACUCCAGAGGAAUGCUGCUGGGCCCAGCUUUUCUUCAGGAAGAUAGCUUCCCAAACCUUCUGUGUAAUACAGAGAUGGAUUCCCUGUUAAGACCCCAUACAUGCCCCCAGUGUGGGAAACAGUUUGUGUGGGGCUCCCACCUUGCCAGGCAUCAGCAAACACAUACCGGAGAGAGGCCCUACAGCUGCCUCAAGUGUGAGAAAAGUUUUGGGCGAAGACAUCACCUAAUCAGGCACCAGAAAACCCACUUACAUGACAAGCCCAGUAGGUGCUCUGAGUGUGGCAAGAAUUUCCGAUGCAACUCCCAUUUGGCCAGCCACCAGAGAGUGCAUGCAGAAAGCAAAUCCUGCAAGGGCCAAGAGAUUGGAGAGAAUUCUGGGGCUAGGAAACGGCAGCAUGCAGCACCGGUGCCAAAGUGCCAUGUGUGCACUGAAUGUGGGAAGAGCUUUGGCCGAAGGCACCACCUUGUGAGACACUGGCUGACCCACACUGGGGAGAAGCCCUUCCAGUGUCCUCGCUGUGAAAAGAGCUUUGGCCGAAAACAUCACCUGGACAGGCAUCUGCUGACCCACCAGGGACAAAGUCCCCGGAGCAGCUGGGACAGAGGGACAUCUGUCUUCUGAAAUAUGUUUCUGCUACAGCUAUAAUCAAGUUUAUCAGCCAGUGCUAGCGGUCACUGCCAGGGCUGCCCCUCUCCGUGCACUGCAAUGGCCAGAAUAGUGAACCCUCAUCCUGUCCCUAAAGAGAUGAUGUUCCAGCAUUGGGAAGAGCAUUACUCAGCAGUUCUGUGAGAUAACACAUAUAAACGAUGUUCUUUGAGCACAAUUUUGAGAAACGGUGUAUAUUACGUGGGCUGAUAUUCAGCCUGAGCCCAUUUACAAGGGUACCGUGUUAUUGGUAGUUAUAGCUGGGGUCACUUCUAAGUGGUUGGCAUCUAUGCUGUACCCAUUGUUAAAUAUUUUGCGUAUCAACCUUGCAUACUAAUUAUAUUCUCUCUAUAUAUGUGUAUAAAGAGAAGACCAUUUUAGCAUAUUAAAGGCUCUGAUUACUUUGGCAGUAAUCUAGCUUCUAUUAAUAUAAUGUUUCCUAAAUUUAUUUGACCUCAGCAUCCUAUUUCACAUCCCACAGAACUGGUGACUCCAUGAAACACACUCUGGUGAACACUGGGUUACAAAGUACUGGGGAAACAGCAAAGAGAUAGUGAUCAGGCACGCAAACACCCCUUUGUAUUCCUAGGAAAGCCAGGGGGGUCAGAUGUUAUUCCUGUGUGGGUCUGUCACCCUUACCUCAUCAUUCAUAUAUAUAUAUAUAUAUAUAAUAUAUAUAUCUACACUCUCACCCCUACCUGCUGAAAAAUAUAAUGACCUUUUCACCCCCUUAUUCCUACCCCAUUAGUCUACACAUACUUAUAUCCAGCUGAGAGUCAUGCUACAGUGCUAAAAGAUGAACCUAUGCCCCCAGUAAUCCAGGCCCACACAGAAGAAAAAAAUAUUCCCUUGAACAAACCCUGUCCUCUUGACUGUGUUGUCUAUGUGUAUAUGUGUGCAGGGUCCUUGAAGAGAGCAUGCUAAGUGCAAAUUUACCUGGUAGGUUUUCUAGGGGCUAUGUUCUGGGUAUGAGGGUAGUGGGGCUGUAUGAGGUUUUUAAUUUCAAGGUAGGAAAUAAUCUGAGUGAUGAAGGAAGCAUGAGUGGAAAGGGUUCAAUGAUAUGUAAGUUGUAUACAAAAUUUUCCUCAGUAUCUGUGAGAUCAAAACAUUGUAGAUUUAUAUGUCUAUAUCUGAA